AUGGGCCGGGCCAAGCUGAACAUGGAGUUCAUAACCAAAGAAAAAACCCGAAACACAACCUUCGCCAAGCGCAAGAAGGGCCUAAUCCGAAAGCUCGACGAGCUCACCAUCCUCUGCGACGUCAGCGCUUGCAUCAUCAUCUACGGCCCGAAAAACGAAACGGGCUUAUCCGAGCCCGACGUAUGGCCCACCGACCGUGACCGGGCCCACCGCAUAAUCCAGUCUUAUCGGGCCAAGAACAAUGACUCUUCUUCAUCCUCCAAGACUUAUGGCCUGCCCGAUUUUUGGCUCGACCGGCUCAAAAAAGUCGAGGACGAGCUGGCGAAGCAGAGGAAAAAGAAUAUGGAGGCUCGAUACCCCACGUGGCUUGAUUUCAUGGACUACAUGCCAGAGUCGGGCCUUCGGGAUUUUGCGGCUGCCUUGUCCCGCAAGGCAGAAGAUGUUCGGUCGAGGAUCGAGUGCAUGAGAGGAGCCAAACAGGGCCUUAUCGACUUUGGCUGCUAUUACACCGGCCCGAAUCAGUUCCAAGAGUUUGGGCUUGGGCAAGCGAACGGGCUUGGGCUUGGGCUUGUUCAGUAUCCGAAUGUGGAGAGUAAGGCGUUGUUUGAAGAUAACGGGCCGUCUUUUUACGGGCCGGGGAAGGUGGGGCCUUUUUUGUUGCCGGCCCUGCCAUCACAGCCGGUCGAGAUGCAGGCGAACGGGUUCGGGCAGGAGGGUUUUGAUGCUUGGUGCCAGAUGAGUUAUGGUAGUAGAGGAAGUUAUUAUGAGUAA